ACUGCAGCCAUGGCUCUCUUCCUCUGGAUCCUCACCAACUUUGUGCGCUGGGUGCGCCUAAAGAUCUACCAAUAUGAGGUGACCUUUGCCAUCUACAUGCUCACCCCGACCGAAAAAUUCAUCUUCAACUCCCUUCUCCUUACCCUGAUCACCAUGAUCGCUACUGGCAUCUACAUCUACCUCCCAGACCACCUCCGCGCCAUCUACGGUCACCUCUACUACUACUGGGCCGGAGAACGGCCCUUCAUUUCCACCCGUCUGACCUCUUCAAUGGGCUCCGUCUUCGGUGAUGCCGCCACCCAGGGUCUUGAGGUUGUAUACGAGACUGCGAAGACGGCCGCUGCGGCUGCCACGACGACACAGCAUCUCGGUGAAUUGUAA